GCAUGUGUCUCUUUGGAGAGUUUGGUGCUUCAAGGGAACAAAAUGGAGAUUGUAGAUCCUUUGCUUCUAUAUAAACUGCCCCAUCUCCAGUUGCUGGAUCUUUCUCUAAAUAAGCUCCAUUGGGCCCUAUGCCCCACAAUUUAUAGGAGGAUGAAUUUCACCUCCAGGCUGCAGAUACUGGAUUUCUCUAGUAACAAUGUCAUCACCACUCUCCAGGUUGAAUUCUUCUACUGCCUGACAUAUUUACAGAAGCUCUCACUCAACUCGUGUGGAAUUCAAAGGAUUGAACGUUUGGCCUUCUCUGGGCUCCACAACCUUAAGGUUCUAAAUCUGAAAGGAAACAACAUUAAGACACUAGUGAUUGUCAACCUUGGUAUUACAUUGAAGGACAUUUCUCAAGAUGAUGCCCAGUACCUGUUCCAGAACCUUGCUAAGUUAGAAAUAAUGCACUUGAUGUCUUCAGGUCUGGAAUACAUUUCAGCUGUUUUAUUCCAGGAUCUGAAGAAUCUGCGUCUCCUUAUUCUGGAAGAUGACUUGCUUCUUACAUUGGACAGUGGCUUUCAGAAUGAAAUGAUGCUACUAAAGUACUUGUACCUGGCCAGAGUAACUUUUGGGUGCUACUGCUCCAACGCUUGGUUUGUUGACUGGGUGUCAGGGAAGAACGACCUUUAUGUAGCCAUAGAUUAUGAAUUGAGUUGUCAGGAGUUGAUAACAGCAAAGAAAACUAAAAAAUUCUUGCCUUUUGUUGAGCAGAACUGCAGGGUAAAGACAAACUUGAUCCUCUUCAUCAUCACUUCUUUUCUGCUCUUCUUUCUCAUGUCGUUUCCCCUGGUUCAUGCCUGUUGUGGCCCACAGCUUUUUUUCCUCAUUUACUUGCUGCGAGGUUGGUGGCACAGGCUGUGUGGUGAGAUAGGGAAGGGGAAGAAGUUUAAGUAUGAUGCCUUUGUGUCCUACUGCAGUCAGGACCAAGAGUGGGUGUUAGAGCGCCUGGUGCCCAAUCUGGAACAGAAAGGACCAUCUUUCCUGAAGCUCUGCCUACACAGCAGGGACUUUGCAGUGGGCAAGGCCAUUACAGACAAUAUUAUGGAUAACCUUUACAACAGCCAGAAGACCAUUUGUGUGAUCAGUCAACGCUCACUGUGCAGCCAUUGGUGCUCUCUGGAGAUGAGCCUAGCCACGUACCGACUCUUAGCUGGGAGAGAAGAUACAUUGAUCCUUGUAUUCUUGGAGCACAUCUCCAGGUACCGUCUUUCAUCUUACCACCGCCUGGCCAAGCUGAUGAAGAAGAAGACCUACUUAAACUGGCCCAAGGAUCCAGCUGCUGAGCCUGCCUUUUGGAAUAGACUGAGAAAUGCUAUUAAGAAACAUUGUGAUGUGGAAGAAUCAGUGAUGUGA